GGGAUUGUUUGCGAUGCUGAUAUGUGUUUUUGUAAUUGAGGAUCUUGGUAUGAUUGAAGAUAUAAAUUCAUGUCAGCCCCAAUGGAUGACCGUUUUCUUUUGAAUUUAUCCAUCCAAUAAACAUAUCAUCCAUCCAAUACAAAUUACUUCUAGUCGCUUUCUUUACCACUUCAAGAACACAAUAAUCAUUUCGAGAAUUUAAUACAUACAACAACAAGGCUCCAAAAUGAAGUUUUCACAGUCUCUGUCUCUUUUGCUCCUCCCUCUUACCGCCCUAGCCGCGCCAAUUCUCGAGGGCACUGGAAAUGUUAAAGCCGCAGCUGGAGCAUGCGCACCAAUGAUGCUUAUCUUUGCCCGUGGAACUACAGAAACAGGAACUAUGGGUACCGUAGCAGGACCUCCAUUAGUUGCUGCUCUUGGAAAAGCCGUUGGUGCUAGCAAUGUAGCUACCCAAGGUGUUCCAUACCCCGCCGAUAUCCCUGGAUUUCUGGCAGGAGGUGAUGCAGGCGGAAGCAAAAUGAUGGCUCAAAUGAUUUCAACAGCCGUUACAAACUGUCCCGAUUCCAAGAUCGUCAUGGCAGGUUACUCCCAAGGCGGUCAACUCGUACACAACGCUGCAAAAAUGCUUCCCGCAGCCACUAUGGCCAAAGUUAGCUCCGCCAUCAUUUUCGGAGACCCAAACAACGGAAGUCCAGUCGCAGGCGUAUCAGCUGCAAAUACAAAGGUUAUCUGCCAUACCGGUGAUAACAUUUGCGCACAUGGAGAUCUUAUUCUGGCACCCCAUUUAACUUAUGGAAUGGAUGCUGGCACGGCUGCUGCUUUUGCUAAGACUGCUGCUGGUAUGUGAUGGGUUGGCUGGGCAUACUUCAUCGCCAUCUUAUUUCAUCAUGAUCUUUUUCAAAGUUAUUGCGAUACCCGUGCUAGUGUUUUUCAAGACAUUGGAUUUGAAUUUGGAUUUGGAUGAUGACCAAUUGUUGCAUUGAUUGCACAUUUUCUUAUUUAUAUUUGUACUAAUUAUCUACAUGGUGGAGACUACUUGGUCUGGAAUUAAUUUCUUGUUGUAUCCUUUAUUUGGAACGUUCUUCUCCUUUGAUUGUCGCUCUGUAAAAGAUACAAAAUGAAGAGUCUCUUGAUUUCAACUUUAUAUAUAUCACUAGUUUUUGUUACAUUUUAUUAUUCAAAGGUUCAAUUGAUGUUCAAGAUCAAAAUCGAGAUUGAGAUUCA